GUUUGGGGAUCCUGCCCAUGGCCUACAACGUCUUCGGACCUGACCAGAGCUGGAUCCAGACGCCUCACGCACAAUCUGCGGCGGCCAGGCUCGGGAUCACUCCUGCGACCUUGGCCUUGAAGUGGCUGGAGCACCGAGGAUUUUUAGCGCUGGUCCCAGAACUCCAGGAUCUUUUGAA